AAAGAACAGGUGUCUCCUCCCAGACUUGCACAAGCUCGUCCACAUCCUCCUCCUCCUCCUCCUCCUCCUCCUCAUCCUCGUCCUCCUCCCGAACUCAUCUUACAGUAUAAAGAAGAGGAGCCGCUCUCCUUGCUCUUCACUCUCUUCUCUCUGGCUGAAGCAGAUAGUGAGCUUCCUCAUCACCACUCAACAUGUUUACCAAUUACAGCUCCUCCAGGAGCUCCAUGUCGGGCGGAAGUCGAGGCUACAGCGGUGGCUCCAUGCACGGUGGAGCUGGAGGCUCCUCUGUUAAGAUCUCAAGUUCCUCCUUGUACUCCGCCGGCGGCAGCCGCAGUGGAGGUGGUGGAGGUGGCUUCAGCUACGGUGGCGGCGCAGGUGGUGCUGGGUUUGGUUUCGGUGCUGGCGGUGGCGGAGGUUUCGGUGCUGGCGGAGGUUUCGGUGGCGGUGGCGGUGGCGGUGGCGGUGCAGACAUCUCUGCCAAUGAGAAGGCCACCAUGCAGAACCUGAACGAUCGUCUGGCCACCUACCUGGAGAAGGUCCGCAGCCUGGAGACGGCCAACGGAGAGCUGGAGCUGAAGAUCAGACAGUUCCUGGAGAGCAAGUCGUCGCCCUCCUCCAGAGACUACAGCGGCUUCUACGCCACCAUCGCAGAGCUGCACGGAAAGAUUCAGGAUGCCACUAAAUUUAACGGUGGCAUCUACCUCUCCAUCGACAACGCCAAGCUGGCCGCCGACGACUUCAGGCUCAAGUACGAGAGCGAGCUGGCCAUGCGUCAGUCGGUGGAGGCCGACAUCGCCGGUCUGAGGAGAGUCCUGGACGAGCUGACUAUGAGCCGGUCCGACCUGGAGAUGCAGAUCGAAGGCCUGAAGGAGGAGCUGAUCUUCCUCAAGAAGAACCACGAGGAGGAGCUGCUGUCGAUGCGGACUCAGAUGAGCGGCCAAGUGAACGUGGAGGUGGAUGCCGCUCCAGCAGUGGACCUCAGCAAGAUCAUAGACGAAGUCAGGGAGCAGUAUGAAGCAUCCGCCGCCAAGAGCCGUAAAGAGCUGGAGGUCUGGUUCCAGUCCAAGUCAGAAGCACUGAACCAAGAAGUCGCUGCCAGCACUGAGGUCAUCAAUACAUCCAAAUCAGAGCUAACGGAGCUGAAGCGGACUCUGCAGGGCCUGGAGAUCGAGCUGCAGUCUCAGCUCAGCAUGAAAUCGUCGCUGGAGGGAACUCUGGCAGAGACCCAGAACCGGUACUCCAUGCAGCUGUCGGGGUACCAGAUGCAGGUGACCAGCAUGGAGGAGCAGCUGACCCAGCUGAGGGCCGACCUGGAGAGACAGGGACAGGAGUACCAGAUGCUGCUGGACAUCAAGACCAGACUGGAGAUGGAGAUCGCCGAGUACAGGAGGCUGCUGGACGGAGAGGGCGGUGGUAGCGGCGGUGGCUUUGGAAGCGGUGGCGGUAUAAUCAUUAGCAGUGGAAGCGGUGGCAGCAACUCAAGCAGCAGCACGACCACCAGAUCCACCAAAACCAAAGUCAUCACGGUCACCGAGGAGGUCGUGGACGGGAAGGUGGUGAGCUCGUCCACGCAGGAACUGUAGAACCGGUGAGCUCCAGCAGGAGGCGCUGUCACCUAAACAAACGUUCUAAUAAAAGUCUGCC